UUAGCCUAUUUACUAUUAGUCUAUUUAAUAAUACAUAACUAUUCAUUGGUCUUGCUAUUUAUAUAUAAAGUAUUGCUAUUAUACAAAUAAUUCUUUUUUUAACUUAAAUUUUAUAAGAUUCCACCAAGAAAGAAACAAGUAUCAACAUCUAAUAAAGUAACUAAUGCAACACCUAGGAUUACCCGAAAUAAAAGAAAAGCUGCUGCUAUAAAAUCGGGUAUUAUUCAAGAUAAUAGUAAUGAAAAAGAACAAGUUUUAACAUCCAAAGAAAAUUUCAUGAAUAUUUCUCAGGUCCAAGAGAUUUCUGAUAAUGAUGAUGAUAGUAUACUUAUCAAUCAUGAUAAAGUUCCAGAAUCUCAACAACAAAAUAAUUCGGAUGAUGAUCUUGAAUCUGCUCUUAUGUCAUUACUCUCUAAAAAGAACAAAAACAAUGAUUUAAAAAGUGCACUUAAAUCAUUACUUUCAAAAGAAAAAAUUAAAGACCAUAUACAAAAUAAUCCAACUGAUCAACCCAAGAAGGACUAUUUUCGCUUAGAUUUAUCAUCUAUUGAAAAAGAACAACAAGAUCCAAAUUUUAAAUCAUCAUCUAACAGUACUAAGCAACCUUUCAAUGGUUAUUAUGAUCCAAUUGAUUUAACUGUUAAUAAUCAGGUACAUUUAAAUAAAUCUGAAAAUUAUCAAGGAAUUAAACGUCAUUAUGAUGACAGUCAAAAGGAUAACAUCACUUGGCAGAGAAAUAAAGAUUAUAGAUUCUCGCCUAAAAUUUCAACAGUAGAACCAAUAGCAAGUGAAUAUUCAGCUAGUAAUAAAGAAACUAUUGAAGUUUCUAGUGAGAAUGUUUCUGAUAUGUGUGAUGAAAUGAAGAUAAUGUUCCUUAGAAGUCGUAAUCCUGGGUCAGCUGCAGUUGCGGCUGUUGCAAAAAUUCUACUACCUGAACGAGGAAAAAACAACCAAAACAUAAAAUUCUUAAAAGCACGUGGUUUAGAAUAUAUGGCUCAACACCAUUCACGUUUUAAUAAUGAUCUUAGUUUCUAUGCAGAAGAAUAUAUGAAAAUCAAAAACAUUUCAAGCCCUAAUGAGAUAAAUGAAGAUGAAAUAACUUCAUAUAUUUCUGAUGCUUUUUUUAGAGACAUUUUUUUUACGCAAUUUGCCAUUAUUAGAGAUGAUGAAUUAUUUGACGAUCAAACUAUUUUUAACUCUUUAAAGAUGUUUUUAAAGGAGGCAUUUACAUUACACUUGAAACUUGAAAUAUCACGUUUAAAUAAUCCUAAAAUUGAUAAUCACUAUACGUUGCAGCAAAUAAAAGAAUUGGAUUAUUUAACCAAUGUCCUUUCACAAAAUCGUCGUACACGUAGAUCACGUAGAUAA